AUGGCGACCCUCACAGAAGCAGAAAGAAGAGCAAACCAUGUCAUCUCCCUGCCCAAGCCACCCCGGGCUUCCACACAGAAUCUCGAUCCCAAAGCAAUCACACAACAAUGGCUCACCAAUCUCGAGACCACUCUCUCCUCAAAUAACAGCAACGCUACAGCAGAUCAAAUAAAAAUCUUGUUCCACGACGACUCAUACUGGCGUGACCAUAUCGCUCUCCAAUGGGAUUUCCGUACCAUCCACUCAGCUACAAACAUCGCUUCAUUCCUGCAGGAAUUCCAACCCGUUGCACAGCUAUCCAAUUUCUCUUUGCAAACAAGCGGGAAAUACGUGCCUCAUGUUGAUAUGCCCGAAAAUGGUGUCCUGGGAAUUGAUUUUGUGGCUUCUAUGUUCCAGUUUGAGACGAAGGUGGGACGGGGUUCGGGUAUCUUGAGGUUGACGUUGGAUGAUGCCGGGAAGGAGUGGAAGGCAUAUGCGGUUUAUACGUCAUUGCAGGAAUUGAAGGCUGCUGAGGAGCCACUUGGCCCUAGGAGAUUGUAUGGAACAUUGGAUAGUUUGCCGGGUGGCUCAGCUGGUGGUACUUGGAAAGAGAGGAGGGAGAAAGCUGUCAAGUUUGAAGGUGUCGAGCCUACGGUUCUGAUUGUGGGUGCUGGACAAGCGGGAUUGAAUCUUGCAGCUCGUUUGCAAUCUCUUGGUGUAUCGACUUUGCUCGUGGAUCGUCAUGAACGUAUCGGAGACAACUGGCGAAAGAGAUAUCGCACAUUGACAACCCACGACCCCGCUGAGUUCACCCACAUGGCCUACCUCCCCUUUCCAAAGAACUGGCCCCAAUUCACUCCAAAGGACAAGCUAGGCGACUGGUUCGAAGCAUAUGCCAGUCUCAUGGAACUCAACGUCUGGACAAACACUUCUGUUGUAUCCGCUGCCUACGACGAUAAUACAUCGAUUUGGACAGUUACUGUCCGAAAACCGGAUGGGUUUGAGCGUACUCUCCACCCCAAACACGUAGUAUUUGCCACGGGGCAUUCGGGGGAGCCGAAAGUUCCUACUUUCCAGGGGCAACAGAAAUUUAGAGGUACCGUGUAUCAUGGUUCCCAACACAGAGAUGCAUCCGAGUACGAUGUCCGUGGGAAAAAAGUGAUUGUUGUCGGAACAGGUAAUUCGGGCCAUGACAUUGCUGAGAAUUUCUAUGAGAAUGGGGCGGAUGUCACUAUGUUGCAGAGAAGGGGAACAUAUGUGAUCUCUGUCGAUAAGGGUGUUUUCAUGCUGAAUGAGGGGACAUAUGAUGAAUGGGGACCGCCAACUGAACAGGCCGAUAUAUGGGCAGAAUCGCUCCCAUAUCAGGUCGCCUUCGCCUUCAACGUGCACCUUACCCGCCGCGUCUCCGAAGUUGACAAAGAGAUUCUCGAUGGACUAGCCAAAGCAGGCUUUGAUGUUUACAAGGGUAUCGAUGAAAGUGGUAUCGCAAGAUUAUACAUGACUCGCGGAGGAGGCUACUACAUCGAUGUGGGAUGUAGUCAACUUAUCGCCGAGGGCAAGAUCAAGGUCCACAAGUCCCCCGAUGGUAUCAAGGAGUUCACACCGCAUACUAUGAUUCUAGCGGAUGGGAAAGAGUUGGAGGCUGAUAUGGUAGUUUUGGCGACUGGGUUUGAUAAUAUGCGAACAACAGUGCGCAAGGUGCUUGGUGAUAAGGUUGCGGAUCGGUGUAAGGAUGUUUGGGAUUUGGAUGAAGAGGGUGAACUGCGGGCUAUGUGGCGUCCAUCGGGUCAUCCCAACUUUUGGUAUAUGGGUGGUAACCUGGCACUGUGUCGGAUUUACUCUAAAUUUCUGGCUUUGCAAAUCAAAGCUGUUGAGGCAGGCCUCACUCCUGUAUGGCAGUAA